AUGAGGAGCGCUGUUGUCGGCAGCCAGGCGGUUCUCAUCCAGGCGCUGGGAUUCCGCUUCUGCCGGGCUGGCUCUUGGGCGCCGGACGCCUGCCGGAGCCUCCCACCGGGCCCACCCAGCGGCGCUGCAGUCCGCGGAGACCCUGAGGUUGGGAUAGAGGUUAAUAUUGAAAGUUUCUCGGGGUUGUUGGCGCAGUGGCUGGCUCUCGCAGAGGCAGGAGGGAGCGGUGGCGGCGGCGCCUUUCCUCAACACGGCCGCUAG